AGGCGUGCAAUAGUGCUGAGGUACGGACGGAAAAUAAGACUUACUUUACUCAUCAGAACUGAAAAAGUAUAUUAAAACCGAGUUCGUAUUGAGGGAACAGAAGCACAGAUACCAUGGCCGAUCCCGAAAGAUUUGAUGGAAUGUUGCUAGCAAUGGCUCAGCAAUGCGAAGGCGGAGUGAAAGAGAUUCUGGAUUGCGUUUUCAGUUUUUUAUCAAGAAAGACAGACUUUUAUACUGGUGGAAAGGAAGGUUUAGCUGAAAAAAUUGUUAUGGAUGCAUUCAAAACGUACCAAAAAAGUGCAGAAGAAGAAAAACGAAAAUUAAGAGAGGAACGAGAACAGGAAGAAAUGCGGAGGAAAGAACGUCUUGCUAAGAAAAAGGCAGAGACAGAGAAAAAAGCUCAAGAAAAAAUAGCUAAAGAAGAGGAACCCAAAAUCAAGGAACUUACAGAAGAGGAGGCCGAACAACUUCAGAAUGAAUUAGAUAUGGAAAAAUCUGGAGAAAAACCAACACCAACAGAAGAGGCUCCAAAGGCAGAAAAUGGUGAAAAGUCAGAUGAUGAAGAAGAUGAAAAGGACAAGGGGAAAUUAAAACCUAAUGCCGGUAAUGGAGCAGACCUGCCUAAUUACAAAUGGACACAGACACUUGAAGAAAUUGAGCUUAGAGUACCCUUUAAUGUUUCGUUCCCUCUGAAAGGAAGAGACAUGGUUGUCCAGAUUGACAAACGGCACAUCAAGGUGGGACUGAAAGGACAUCCUCCUGUGGUCGAAGGUGAAACAUACAAUGACAUUAAGGUGGAGGAGUCGACAUGGUGUAUUUUGGAUAAGAAGGAGCUGGUAGUCAACAUUGAAAAAAUAAACAAAAUGGAGUGGUGGAGUAGGAUAGUCACAACAGAUCCUGAAAUUAAUACCAAGAAAGUUUCGCCUGAAAACUCCAAGUUGUCUGAUUUAGACGGGGACACAAGAUCACUAGUAGAGAAGAUGAUGUACGAUCAGCGACAGAAGGAGAUGGGUCUGCCAACCUCAGAAGAACAGAAGAAAGCAGACAUUAUGAAAAAAUUUAUGUCACAGCAUCCAGAAAUGGACUUUUCCAAGUGUAAAUUUAACUGACUGCCUCUAUAAAGGCAACAAAUAUUGAUAGAAAAGGCGACACUACAGCACGUUUGAUUCUAGUUGUGAAUGUGAAAACAUGACUAUUCCUGUAUAUCAUGAAUGAUAUCACAUCAAGGAGCUGUAGUAUUCCUACCAGUGGGUAUUACAUAUACAUCCUGCAAGGAUCAAGAAAUAAUCUGUAACAUGAACAGAAAAAAAACUUUAUACAGCCAGAUAACGUGUUCCUUAACUACUGAUUGAUAUAUGUCUAAUUCAGUGUUAAUAGUAUGUAACAUUUCUGUGUAAAAUCUUGAUUCAUUUAAUUCAUGUUUAUCAUUGAUUACAUAAUAAGUGAAGCACACUCAAUUUUCACUUUUUUAUUAGGGCGCUGAAUUGGAUUUGAAAUAAAUGUUAAAUGUUA